GAUAUACCGCCGAGCUUCUUCAUGGCAGGGAAUUAGGUAUAUUCUCGACUUGCCACCCCACACCGGCAAGAAAAGUAUUUUAACAAUGCGCUAUUUAUCAUUUUGACGACCACCUGAGAGUACAGUCAAGGGUCUUGGUGAUGGGAGAAGUAAACUGCUUCUCGCAAAGAGUAGUUAAGGUGUGGAACGUACUAUGUGGAAGUAUGGUGGAGGCAAGUUUAAUCGAAGCACUCAAGGGCAUUGGAAGAUAUUUUGGAUGGAAAUAAUGUGCAUUGGAAUGGGGAAAAGCUAAUGAUGCUCAUUUAAAAAAGGACAUGGUGGGCAGAAUGGAUCCCUACGUCAUAACACUGCUGUGAUAGUCUACCAUCUUAUUCGAAAAUUCGGCACUUCUGACAAUGCAGCAUUCUUCCAGUACAACACAACAGGAGAAACCUCAAAGGGAGGCAUAAGACUGGAUGAGGAAGGUUGAAAGGAUCAGGAGGGAAGAUGAUUUUGACUUUCACAAGGAUGCUGAAACAGAACCAAGUUAUUUUUUCCCUCUUCCCUCUGCAUACAGUUCCCUGUUAAGCUUUCAGUGGAUUCUAAAAUUGUCAAGCUGCUUAUCCUUAUUUUGUUGCCACAUUUUUCUGAAUUCGUUAGCACCCGCUUUAUGCCUUUAAUUUGAGGCUGUUCACUACCUGCAUUGUUCCACCUAGUCCAAUGACAAUUGACAUGAGUCAAUCCUUCUCCUGUCAUGGUUACAAACACGCAUAAUUUCAAGUCUGUCCUAGUCAUAAAAUCAUGUAGCACAGACAGCAGCCAUUAUUUUCAUUUGGUUUGUGUCUACUGUUUGAAAGAGCUAAACAAUUUGUGCCUCCCAAAGCCGUGCAAAUUUUUCCCCUUCAAGAAUUUGUACAUUUACCCUUUGUAAACAUUUAUAGUUAAAGGUGAUUCCAUCACCCUUUUUAGGUACUGCAUACCAAAAUCAUCAGGAAUUGUCUGUAGCUGGCAUGGUAUAAUCCACCAAUUAUAGCUCAAUGUUAACUUCACAAAAUGGAACAAAAUAACAUUCCAAGAACCCAUAGAGUGUUUUUCUUUGACAUACAGGGUCAGCUUCCCACUUCUGUAAGGUUACCUCUGGUGUUCCCCAAGGAUCCUGGCCCCUUCCUAUUUCCUGUUUCUAUGAUGCCUUGGGUUCCACAUGUAUGUUGACAACACUCCAUAGCAAGGUUCCCCUUACAAUAAUAUGAUAAUGACCGGAUAUUUUGUUUUAGUGAUUUUGAUUCAAGGAUUAAAAUUUAAGCUAAGACACCAGGUGUACUCUCCUGCUCUUCUUCAAAAGUGUUUCAUGCAAUAUUUUACAUCUGUUUAACAGAGCAGAUGCAGCCUCAAUUUAGUGUCUCAUUUGAAAGCAGCACUUCUGACUGUGAAACAGUCCUCCAGUAAUGCAUUGGAAUAGAAAUCUUAUUGAGAAUUAUGAGGUUGGAGAAGAUUGCAAAGAUCAGAUGGGGAAGGCUACAGAGGGAUUUCAACACCCCAUAGACAGUAUUGGCAUUGGAAGUCUGAGAUUUGAGAGGAAUUCAGCUGUUAUUGUAGAGUAAAAUUAUGUAUGUUUUAUGAUGGAGAAGGUUUGGAAGCUCAACUCAGGAUCAAACACAAAGAUUACAGCUUUGGUGAAAGGAACAGGAAAAUAUUUGACUAAAUGAACAAGGUGAAGGAACAGCAGUAGAAGCAGGUGAACACAUAACAGCUAUCUCUGAUGACAAUCCACGUUUAAUUUUUUUUUGUUGGAGUUGAAUUGGGUAAAGGCAAUUUUAGCAAAAUUAUUCAUUACAGGAAGAUGAGUUUACAUAGGUUUAUGUUGGAACUGUGGGAUGAGUAAUGGUCAGUUUUAGUAGACGGUGUGGAGCCUAAUAAAUGUUUGAUGUUCUCCAGCCAGGUUUGCAGAUGGAUUAUGAAGCCUAUUGUAUGGUAAAUAUGCUCAAUUUUCCAAUCCUAAUGCUUAAGGGGGCAUCCAGUUCAUGACAAAUGUCAAGGAUAAGACACAAUGAGUGUUCUGUAGGAAUCAAGACCUGUGAGCGAGUGUCCAUCAAAAUCAACAGUUGCUAAGGCGAUAUGAAUCAGAGUUCCCAGAAGUAAUGGGUAGAAGGGAUUUCAUAUAAGGUAGGUUUGAGAACAAUCCCUGGCAUGAUUCUAACUCUCCUGAGCUGGUGAUCUCAACUGUAGUGGUAAGGUUUUAUAAUUGUGCUUUAGCUUUGUAGUGGAAAGUGAUAUGAGACCAGGGAGGAAGAUAAAUGGGUUAACCAAGGUGACACAGAAAUGGAUUGGAGACUGCUAAACAGAAGAGACUUUGCCUCAAAAUAUAGAGGAUAUUUUGCUUCAUUGGUGCCUUUUUUUUAAACAGUUCUGUCAACCUUUCUGACCACUUUGAUUGGAUGAGGACACAAUUAACAAAGAAUGGAUGUGAAGAGGAUGAGCCACCAAAGGAAGAGACUUUAAGUUUGAAAGAAAAAUCCACAGGAAACAAAAAGUCUGAUCGAUUUCAUCCAUAUUUAAAAGAGAAGGCGACAAAUGGAGACAAAAAGGGUCAUAACCAGAACAGAGUGUUUAUCAGCAACAUUCCAUAUGAUACUAAGUGGCAAGUGAUUAAAGACCUUAUGCGCGAAAAAGUUGGUGAUGUUAUAUACGUGGAACUCUUUAAGGAUGCUGAAGGAAAGUCAAGGGGUUGUGGAGUUGUUGAGUUCAAAACUGAAGAUUUAGUUUCAAAAGCUCUAGAUGUUAUGAACAAAUACGAUCUUGGUGGAAGACCACUUAAUAUAAAAGAGGAUGCUGAUGGACAGCAUGCCCGCAGGGCGAUGCAGCGUGGAGGUGGUGGAUCGUACCUUGUUGGACCUGGGCCAGAUAUAGGUUCACCGAUUGUUAACUUGCCUCCAAAUCUUGUCAAUAAUCCAAAUAUUCCCCCUGAGGUUCUGACUGCUCUGCAGGCUGGAAGACUUCUACCGACUGUAUUUGUUGCUAAUCUUGACUUUCAAGUAGGUUGGAAGAAGCUGAAAGAAGUAUUUUCCAUGGCUGGGACAGUAAAACGAGCAGAUAUUAAAGAAAACAUGGAUGGCAAGAGUCGUGGAAUAGGCACUGUGAUUUUUGAACAGCCUCUGGAAGCUGUUCAAGCUAUCUCUAUGUUCAAUGGACAACUUUUGUUUGACAGACCAAUGCAUGUGAAAAUGGAUGAUCGAUCCGUUCCACAUGAUGACUUUCGUUCCGUGGAUGACAAAACAUCACAGUUACCUCGUGGGCUUGGAGGUAUUGGAAUGGGUCUUGGACCUGGUGGCCAGCCAAUAGCUGCAAAUCAAAUGAAUAUGAACAGUGCAAUGGGAAAUAUGGGAUCUGGAGGCUGGUCCAUCCAUUCCAAUUCCUCUGGAGGAAUGAACAGAAUGGGAGGAGGAAUGACUGGUCACAGUACUUUCAACAGUGGAAUUGAUCCAAUGAACAAUAUUGGAUAUGGUAGCGGAAACAUGGGGGGCAUGGGAAAUAUGGGUCGAAUGGCAGGUAUGGGUACUGUGGAUGAGUUCAGAGGAAAUAUGGCUGCAGGAAUGGCAAACAUGCCAGGAAUGGGUGGAAAUAUGAGAGCAAUGGGCAACAACAUGAGUGCCAUUGGAGGGAUGGGAAGCAGUGUAGCUGGAAUGGGGAGCAAUGUAGGAGAUCUGUAUCGUGCAGGAAUGGGGUCAACAGGCAUGGGAGGCAAUUUUGAUCGAGAAUUUGCAAGAAGUGAAAUGGGAAUGAACCGAGGCUUUGGGGACUCAUCUGGAGGAAUGGGAGGUGGAAUGGUUGCAGGUCUUGGGGGAAACAUGGGAGGUGGAAUGGGUACUACUGGUAUGGGCCCAAUGGCAUCUGGAUUGGGUGGUGGAAUGCCUGCCAUGAACAAUAUACCAGGAGGCAUGGCGAUAGGUAUGGAACGUAUGGGUUCCAACCUUGACCGAAUGGCAACUGGAAUGGGCGUAGGAAUUGACAGGACUGCGGAAAUGGAACGUGGAUUUGGAGGCUUGAACAGUGGAUCAAUGGGAAGUGGAAGAGACCAUGGAAGUAGUUUCAGAGGCUGCCAGAUUUUUGCAAGAAAUCUUCCGUAUGACCUAACGUGGCAGAAGCUAAAGGAAAAGUUUGGUCAGUGUGGUCACGUUAUGUUUGCUGAAAUAAAAAUGGAAAAUGGCAAAUCCAAGGGUUGUGGGACUGUGCGUUUUGAUUCCCCAGAAGCUGCAGAGAAAGCAUGUAGGAUGAUGAAUGGCACAAAGAUUAAUGGCAGAGAGAUAGAUGUACGCAUGGAUCGCAAUGCACGAAUGAAAACCAUAUGAUGUACAGGAAAAUACAGCAUGUCUGAUUAGCUUUAUUGUUCCACUUUUUGUUUUAUACUGAAAUUAUCUCCAACAGCCUAGUGGAAGCUUGCCUGCUGAGAGCUAUAAAGUAAUUUUAAAGAUUGCCAACCUUUGUAAGUGAACAUUGAGACUGGUGUAUGUUUGUAAUUUCUGUUGUCUAAUUUUUUUAUAUAUAUAUAAACAAUACAUCGCUGGUCACUUCUGUUUGAAUGGAUGAACUGUUUCUAAUAAAAUGUUGUCAGAUUGAA